AUAACGCAACAUGUGGUGCUUAAAGAACCACCGCUUAAAAGCUGCUUCACUUCCUACUCCUACAAAGAGAUCAAUCACAAAAGGUUUUGUUUUUUGAUGGUUGAGUUUAAAACACAGGAGUGAUUCACUAACUUUUUGCUAUUUUGGCUUUGUAGAUCCCAAGGAUGGUAUGAUGUUUUUGCAUAUACAAGAUUGUUCCACCCUGUAGAUGAGAGUCCUGCUGGUAACCAAUGCUAAGGUAAACCACAUUGUGACUGAGCUGGCUCAUGUGACUCUGAUACGCUUGUGUUUGGAGUGCAGGUUUGAUUUGUGUAAGCCAAUGGAUGGUAUGUGAGAAAGUUACAUGAUGAAACUCAUCAAGGUGACCGGGUAAGCUACAGUACACUUAUAUCUGACUACUAAGAUACUAAUUCAGACAUUGUGCUUUUUUUAUAAGGACGAAACUGAGGGAUGUGAUGUAGCAUGCAUCCACAAUCAUUUUAAGCUCUUGGUCACCAUCCUUAAUUCGAUCUACUUUUUGCAGGAAGGCUCAGUUAGCAUCAACCCUUUUCUCAGCAGAUCUUCAUGGUGCUUUCAUGUUUACAAAUAUGUAGUACUUGGAUCCAGAGCACCCUAACACCUUAAAUCAGAGAACACUCUGAAACAUUUGGAAUAAUCACAAGAGAAUAAAUUUCGAGGUACCUUAAUAGCUGCUCACAUCUUUCUCUUUCCAAAGCCUUAAGCCUUAACUUGGUUAUUGUAAUCAAUCACAUACAGAUGUACCAAAGAAGCUCUCAGUCUUCAUCAUCCAACUCAACUGCUGGAAAAUCACAUUUACCUAGUGUUCAAGAGACAGUGUUCUUCAACGUUGAUUCAACAACGAAGCUCUUGUCUUUUUUUGGUGAUGACCAGUGACCACUAAAGCAUCCUAGUGUCCAAAGAUUUUACUUCAAAGCCUUCAUGAUGUAUGUACCUAACAUUAUAAUAUACUAUCUUUUAGUUUUUGUAUGAAUACUACUCCACAGUCCUCCACUGUCUAUACUAUUAUUUUAAUGUUUAUUAGUGUAUGAAUGAUUGAAUUCCAAAAUAAAUAAAUAUAAAUCCAUGUUGGUGACCAUUAAUGAAGACAAAACUACAGUUGAAGAUUCCAUUUCAGUAAACGAGGUGAGUCUUUGACUCCUUAACUAAAUGUGACUUCACACAUUUGUCUUCUCUAAUCUUAGAAACCUAAUUCCAGAAGAAGGAUGAAUCCAUCACAACUACAGUUACCAAAGCCCUGUUCUAAGCGUAUAUUCUUCUUCACUCUAGUCUUAUUCUUCUCUCUCUAUUACAUCUUAACCACCAUCAGAACCAUCACCAUCUCUUCUUCUUCCCAAUCCUCACCGCUUCAAGAACCUUCCAUGCACCAUCAUUCCUCUCUUCAAGAACCUUCCAUCUCCCAUUACUCCUCUCCUCCAGAACCUUCAGCAAACCAACCAUCACCACCAUCAUCAUCAUUGUCUUACUUUCCACUCUGUCCCAAGAACUUCACCAACUACUUGCCCUGCCACGAUCCAUCAACAGCACGACAGUACAGCAUUGAAAGACACUACCGGAGAGAGAGGCACUGCCCUGACUUAUCCCACGAGAAGAAGCUCAGGUGUUUGGUCCCAAAGCCCUCUGGCUACAAAACACCUUUUCAUUGGCCUGAGAGUAGAAACUACGCUUGGUUCAAGAAUGUUCCGUUCAAGAAGCUAGCUGAGUUUAAAAAGACUCAGAACUGGGUUAGGCUCGAAGGAGACCGUUUUGUUUUCCCCGGAGGUGGUACUUCUUUUCCCGGUGGCGUUAAGGACUAUGUUGAUGUGAUUAUGAAGGUUUUGCCAUUAGCUUCUGGGAGUAUAAGGACUGUUCUUGAUGUUGGAUGUGGAGUAGCGAGUUUUGGAGCCUUUUUGCUUAACCAUAACAUCUUGACAAUGUCAAUAGCACCUAGGGACAUACACGAGGCUCAAGUUCAGUUUGCGUUAGAGCGUGGACUCCCUGCUAUGCUCGGUGUUCUAAGCACUUAUAAACUGCCUUACCCAUCAAAGUCUUUUGACAUGGUCCAUUGUUCUAGGUGCCUUGUCAAUUGGACUGCCUAUGAUGGGCUUUACUUGAUGGAGGUUGAUCGUGUUCUACGUCCUGGUGGAUACUGGGUGCUUUCUGGACCACCUGUAACAUCAAUGGUCAAAGCCAAGAACCAGAAGAGAAGUUUACAGAAGGAGAUGGAGAAACUUAACGAUGUUUUUAGAAGACUUUGUUGGGAGAAGAUUGCUGAAAGAUACCCAGUUGUCAUAUGGAGAAAGCCUUCUAAUCAUUUGCAGUGUAUAAAAAGACUAAAAGCUCUUAAGUUUCCUGGUCGCUGCUCUUCUGGUGACCCUAACGCUGCAUGGUACAAAGAGAUGGAGCCGUGCAUCACUCCUCUUCUAAAUGUUAAUGACACACACAUAAGAGUUCUUAGAAACUGGCCUGAGAGACUAAAUCACGUGCCUGAGCGACAUGGAGUGACCAUUUCGAGAUUUAAAGCUGACACUAACCUGUGGCAGAGAAUAGUUGUGUACUAUGACACUAAGUUAAAGUUUCUCAGUAAUGGAAAAUACAGAAACAUUAUGGAUAUGAACUCUGGUUUAGGCGGUUUUGCUGCAGCAUUGAUUAAAUAUCCAAUGUGGGUGAUGAAUGUGGUGCCGUUUGAUCUUGAACCGAACACACUCGGUGUUGUGUUCGACCGUGGCCUCAUUGGAACUUACAUGAACUGGUGUGAAGCUUUCUCUACAUACCCUAGAACCUAUGAUCUGAUUCAUGCCAAUGGUUUGUUCAGCUUGUACUUGGACAAAUGUGACAUUGUUGAUAUACUAUUGGAGAUGCAGAGGAUUCUUAGACCCGAAGGAGCUGUUAUAAUUAGAGACGGUUUUGAUGUCCUUAUGAAAGUGAAGGCUAUAACCAAUCAAAUGAGAUGGAAUGGUACAAUGUAUUCAGAAGCAGAUAAUAGUUUUGACCAUGGAACAAUACUAAUUGUAGAUAAUUCAUUUAAAUAAAUAAAAAAAGCUUUUGGGGGCAUAGUCAUACUGUGAUCUUGAUCUCAAAGCUUGAUCUCUAAUACUAAUUAAGAGUCGGAUAAGUUGAGCAACCUGACAUGGACUAAUGCAUGGUAGGUUUACUCUUGUUUGUAAUUUGCAUUCUCAGUUACACUGAAACUGCAAUCAAGGGCAUUUUUCAUUCAUAACAUUGUCUUUUAGUGGUAAGCAAUAAGAAUAUGUCCUAAAGCAGUUGCAAAGGUAUAAAAGUUAGAAACUCCCCAUUCUAUAAUCAGUUGAGCAUUUUGAAGAUAAAACUUGUGUGCUUGAUAUAAACCUAGCUUGCAGCGUUGUGUGCGCAAUAUGAAGCAGAGUUUAGACCAAACAUGAGCAUUGUAGUACAAGCCCUUCAACCGCUAUUGAGGUCUUCAGGAACAGCUACUGCACCUCAUAGACAAGCUUGAUUUUCUUCUUUGUGGUUCUUGCAUAUUGGAAUCAUUAAUGGCUUCAAACGCUUUUGAAAGAGAUGGUGAUUUGAGUUAUGGAGAUGGAUCUGCUGAUUCAUGGAAGACAGUUCGAAUGUACACAAACUUAUGACAGAUCUUUUUGAUUCAUAUGAAUUAGUUACAAUACCAUAAUUAUACAUAAUCUUGUAGGCUUUUGUUCUUCAAAGAGUAACUUCAACACACUAUACUAGGACUAAAAAAAUGUUUCUAUAACUUGUGUCAUCUAAUUAAAAAUCACUCUGUUAAGUUGAUUAGAACACAAGUGUAUGAAAAGGGUUUGUUUUAAAUUGUCACUAAGAAGUUGAAAAAAAUGGCGUAGAAGAAGUUGUUUAACUACGAGGGAAU